GUGGAAAAACCUUUCCCUCUGUCACAAGCACUCUCUCUUUCUCGCUCCCUCGCUUUCCUCUCUCCUCUUCCUCUUCCUCCAAUACCGCACUUUCUCUUUGGAAUUUGGACUCCAUUCACAACUGGGUUUCUCUCAUUCUCUCUGUUGCUUCCAUUUUCAUCCUUCACCACUCACUCUGCAUGUGUUGAUCCUUCAAAUUCUUCUUUUUUGUUCAGUGUGUGUUGGGUUUCAGAUUGUUCAAUUAUUUGAUGGAAUUGGUUUUUCUGUGUCGGGUUUGAGUCUUUUGGGGAUGGAAACUUGAUUGUGAGAGUUUUUGGAAGAUGGGGUAUGGGGAUAAUAAUGCAAUUCAAGCUGGGAGUUUGGAUGUGGACAAGUCAAAGGGAAGCAAGAAGAAGGUUGAUGAUGGUGCAAAGAAGGAGAGAGGAUGGUGGUUUAGAUUCAGUUUCUUUGGGAGCUGCAUACCUUCAAGACCAAAAGUUGAUAGCUCCAUAAGUGGCACUAGUACCCAUAAUGGUAACAGUAUCAAGUCAGUGAUAACUCAAUCAGAGGAAAACAAAUCUGGAUUUGAAAAAAAUACAGAGGAAACAGAGGCUCCUCCAGAGUCCUCUACAACAACUAGUAAUGAGGAAAGCAUUGCUUCCACUCCAAAAUUAUUCAGUGAGGAGUUGAAGGUGGCUUCUAGUUUGAGGAAAUUCACAUUCAAUGGGCUUAAGGUGGCAACUAGGAAUUUCAGACCAGAGAGUCUUCUUGGUGAAGGAGGGUUUGGUUGUGUCUUCAAGGGUUGGAUUGAGGAGAAUGGAACUGCACCUGUGAAACCGGGGACCGGGCUUACAGUUGCAGUCAAGAUCCUCAACCACAAUGGACAUCAGGGUCAUAAAGAGUGGCUUGCUGAAUUGAACUAUCUUGGUGAUCUUCUCCAUCCUAAUCUCGUUAAAUUGAUUGGUUUCUGUAUCGAAGAUGACCAGCGAUUAUUGGUUUACGAGUUUAUGCCUCGAGGCAGUUUGGAGAACCACCUCUUUAGGAGGCCCCUGCCUCUUCCUUGGUCAAUCAGAAUGAAAAUUGCACUCGGUGCUGCAAAAGGUCUUGCUUUUCUCCAUGAAGAUUCUCAGAGGCCCAUAAUAUAUCGUGAUUUCAAAACAUCUAAUAUUCUUUUAGACGCGGAAUACAAUGCCAAGCUUUCUGAUUUUGGACUUGCCAAAGAUGGUCCUGAGGGGGAAAAGACACAUGUAUCUACAAGAGUUAUGGGAACAUAUGGUUAUGCUGCUCCGGAGUAUGUGAUGACAGGACAUCUGUCAUCAAAAAGUGAUGUCUACAGCUUCGGAGUAGUGCUACUUGAAAUGCUCACUGGUCGGCGGUCUAUUGAUAAGAAAAGACCAAAUGGGGAACACAAUCUAGUGGAGUGGGCAAGGCCUGUACUCGGGCACAGGAGGAUGUUCUUCCAGAUAAUAGAUCCCCGCCUUGAAGGUCACUUCUCAGUUAAAGGGGCACAGAAAGCCGCCCAGCUGGCUGCGCAAUGCCUUAGCCGCGAUCCAAAAGCUAGGCCUUUGAUGAGUGAAGUGGUUCACACUUUAAAGCCUUUGCCAAACCUCAAGGACAUGGCCAUCUCAUCUUAUCACUUUCAGACUGCGCGAGUAGAUCGAACCAUGUCCAUGCCGAAUCAUAAAAACGGUAUCAGAACACAGUUGGUAUCUUUACCAAAGAAGGGUCAACCUUUAAGGAUCUUAUCAAGUCCAAAUUGUCCAAAUGGUUCUCCAUAUUCUCGUUAUAGCAAGUCCCCAAAACCUGUUGGGUAAGAAUCACUAUUUAGUAUCUUUAAUUUGCUUCUCUAUUCAUUCAGUUCCCUCAAAUUAGGCCUUCACUUAAAAUCUUCUGUCAUUACAUGAUCUCAAAUAAGGUCAGGCCACGUUAGUUUAUAUAGUAGGGACUGGAUUGACAGAAAGGGGAAGAGCAAACUGUCUUAUACAGCUCUCAAAUAGAGAAUUGUUAUUUACUGAACUUGUUUUUCUUCCACCUUAUCACGGGUUUCUUCCUUUCAGUGUAUUUUUGUAAAGAAGAAAAAGAAUGUGGUGUUAACUCAUGUUAGUCAUAGAUUUUUACAUACUCAUUCGACAAUAUACAUUUUUGUGGAAACUUACUGAUGUAACUAAAUGUUGUACGAGAAUCGUGCUAGAGUUUUGAACAACUUAUAGCAUGUUUAGAUCAGCUUCUCUUUCAUCAAUCAAUUAUGAAAUCUAGAAGCUACUUACAGAAGCUUGUAUGUAAUUCUGAUUUCAGAAUCAGUUAUAGAAGAGUUUCCAAAAAUGCACUUAAAAAGUGCUAGGUGAGCAGUGUUUUUUUCUUUUUGGUUUAUUUUGAGGGUUGAAUUGAAUGUGUUGCUUGUUCAGAAAGAGCUUUGGUACUUUGUAUAAGUGAUGAUUUGUCCAUUUCAAUUUUAUAAGACUACCUUUAUUUGCGUUCACAA